CCCCGGCCCGCGACCUGCUCCUCGCAGUUCGGCUUCCGGCUUCCGGCGUCGCGAUUCUGCUGACGUCCAGCAGAGCUCUCGUUCGUGCGGAGAGAUGGUGUCAGCUCUCGAUCGAUCGAGUCGAACGAGUUGUCGAAUGGCGUAAUCGCCUUCUCUCGUUGUGGACGACCGAGCCCUCUCGAGGGCGAGCUUUCGAGUGUGGAAUGGUUGCGGCCUUUCGGAGGAUUUGGGGAAUUCCGAAUAUGCAGGUUUACGAUAGCCGGAGAAGCUCAUCUUCUUAGCGGAAGGAGGAACGUCGCCAUCACAGAGUUCCGAGGAGAAUUGAUUCUCGAUGGCCGUGGAGCUGCGGCUUUCGCGAUUGGAUCGAGUUUACCGUCCUCCGGAUGUCUUGGAAGGCACUGUGGUUAUCACGACGCCGAAUACUCUCACCCAUCAAGGCAUUCGACUCACCGCCGUGGGGACGAUUAUGCUCCAGUUAAGUGCAAGAUCAGUGGGAGUCUUUGAAGCCCUUUACAAUACCGUCAAACCAAUUCAGCUCAUGAGCAAGACUUUGGACAUCAGCCCAGCAGGAAAAAUUCUUCCAGGUGUUUUGGAGCUUCCUUUCCACCUCUCUAUCGAUGUACCAAACGGAAUUGUCAUUGUGCCGAACGGGGCUCCGAUUGAAACAUUAUUUGAGACCUAUCACGGAGCAUAUGUCAAUAUACAGUAUCUGUUGACCGUGGAUGUGAUACGCGGGUACCUUCAGAAAUCUCUGUCAGCCACGACGGAAUUUAUCAUCGAAAGCCGACCAGGUCGGUUUCAAAGAUCUCUAGUUGUUCCAGAAUCUGUAAAUUUCUAUAUCACGCAGGACACGCAAAAACACGCCCUUUUACCUGUCAUACGUUCAGGUGGAUUUAGAGUGACUGGUCGGAUUGCUACCCAGUGUUCUCUUACGGAACCUCUGAUGGGAGAGCUGAUCGUGGAGAAGUCAGCUGUGCCAAUUUAUUCCAUUGACGUCCAGUUGUUUCGAGUGGAGUCAGUGGCAGCAGGUGAUAGGAUGGCUACAGAAAGCAGUGAAAUUCAGAGCACACAGAUAGCUGAUGGUGACGUAUGUAGAGGGGUGAAGUUGCCCAUAUACAUCAUACUUCCUCGUUUGUGCACCUGCCCCACUCUUUCGGCCGGAGCCUUUUCUUUGGAGUUUGAACUUUCUAUCGUGAUAACAUUUGACGCCGGGUUUUCAAAAAAUUAUACUCACGUGGAGCCUGUCGCUUCAAAACAACUGGUUGCUUUGGAGUCCAUACCUUUGAGGUUGGUUCGAGCUUGAUUAAGCUGGACCAAUUUAAAGGUCUUCUGUAAAUCUGACUGGCAGUCAGUUUGAAGGUAGGUCGGCGUGUUGUACAUUAAUGGGUUGUUGAUGAAAGUCCUAGAGAGAAAUUCCAUCCGAGAACAUCAUGUUGAUGUCAUUCAGAUUCACAUUCAAUUUUUCCAAGCUGGGUUGGAAACCAAUCGAAAGGAAUAAAAACAUGGUUGACAGUUGC